UCUAAUUCCAUUUGAAGUAUUGCCAACGUUUGAUAACAAAAUGUUUGUACAGACAUUAUCAUUAUCAGAAUAUAAAAUGUAUCAUUAAUGUAUUUAUGUAUUGUAAUUUGUAAUUAUUCAUCUUUUGGUAAUUGGUACGUCGAUUUGAAAAAACUGUUUAAGAUCUUUAUUUCAAUUAUUUUAAUUUUACAUACAAUGGAGGCAUGGAGCAUUUGAUUGAUCAUGAUUAUUGUAUCUUACCAAUUCAAGAUGUACCUGAAGCAGCAAAUGUAAUUGACGUUCAAGAUGUACCUGAAGCAGCGGAUGUUGUAGCUGACGGUAUGCAUAUAAUACAAAACAUUUAGCAACUUUAAAUAAAAAAAUAAAACUUUAUCAUUAACGGGUUGAGAAUUGAUUAAAAUAAGAAUUCCAUGCUUAAUUUUCUAAGAUUACCAUUUAAGUCAUUAUUAUCUUAUAGACAAUAUUAUUCAGUUUUGGCCAAUUGGAGAUCGGCCAAAAACAUAUAAGUUAAUUCCAGGUGUACAUUAUAAUGAAGAGGUCAUAGAGGACAAUUUAGGGUUUCUUUACUUCAGAAGUAAAUUGACAGAAAAAAAGUGUAAAUUAUUUCUGUUUUGUUCUUUAAUUAUAUUAUUAUUUCAUUUUAUUUUAUGUAUACAAAAUGAGCAAAAGUCAAUAAAUAAAUUUAUAAGACAUAACAGUGCAUUAUAUAAUGAAAAUAGUGAGUAUAAUAUGAUAGAUAUUGUGUCCAUAAAGUUAUUGUAAGUACGAUUUGGUAAUUAUUAUUCUACUAAUAUUUGUUCAAUUUUAUUAUUUUUUCUUGAUAUAUAAUUUUAUUACUUUGUAAUUGUACAUUAGAUAUUUAAAAUGUAAAGAAACUUCAACGAAUGGAUGCCCAGCUACCGCUUUUAUUUCUUCGGUUACUAAGGACAAUGGGUUUUCACUCAAAAGAUGCCAUAAUCAUAAAGUUUGAACAUCAGACACCAAAGUGAGAGAACUUAGAAAUGAACUUGGUAACAAAUGUGUUCAACACUCUGCCCGCUCAUAUUCAGCUCGUACUUUAUAUGUGGAAAGUAUUGUUAGUCACCCAGAAGGUGCUACUAAUUAUACUUUUCUACAAGCUGUUGAAAGAAUGAAAAAAAUUCAGAAGUCUAUUUUUCCACCUACACCUAAAAACUUGAACCACUUGAAUAAUUUAUUACUAUUAGAAAAUAAUAGACAUUUUACAAUGACAUUUCAAACUCCGGAAAGUUUAUUCUAUCAAGGACCACUGACGGUUAAUGGCACAAUUGUCGGUGUAUUAUUUUGUAAUAUUAAAUAUAUUGAAAACAUAAAAAAUGAAUUAAAAAAUGUAAUAAUAGCCGGCUGUGAUGGUACGUUUAAAACAGUUCCAAAAACCAUCGAUGGGGAUUGUUAUCAACUUUUUACCUUUCAUAUAAUAUAUAAAAAUAUUAGUUUCCCGAUGGUAUACGCUUUACUAACUGGCAAAACAGAAAUUAUUUACAAGGAGCUGUUUCAAUAUGUUCGUAAUGUCUUACCCCUGCAGUAUGAUAAAUUGACUAUAAUUACUGAUUACGAGAUUAGCCAGAUAAAUAGUAUUGAAUUAGUAUUUCCGGAAAGUACCCAUCAAGGUUGCUAUUUUCAUUAUUGUCAGUCCAUUUUAAGACAUAUGAGGAAUAAACAAAUACAAAUUUAUAACCUAGUAAAGGUGAAUCCUAUAGCAGCUCGAAUUUUUAGGAUGAUACUUGCUUUACCUUAUCUCCCGUCCGACCGAAAUAGUAGUAUUCCAAGUAUGUUGGAUGGAUUCAAUGCAAUUAUAAUAUACACGGUUCAACAUCAAGAAGUAGAAAAUGCAUUUCAUAGUAAAAUUUCAUAAAUAUUUAUUUUUCUUACGAUAUUCUAUUUUUAUAGCACUAUCGUAAAUGACCAUGUUAAUUUUCCCUGUGGGCCUCCGCCUAUGUUUAUGUUGGAUCCAAGACAAUUUAGCGCAGUCAUUAUAGCGCACGACAAUAAUGUUCGUAUUCUGAAUAGGUACCUAAUUUUUUUCGAAUAAUAAUUAUUGAAAAGUAUUCUUUGAAGACUGGUUAGGUUCAACACUUAUUUAAUGUCAAAAUUGGUAUGUACUUACUAUCUGAUGAAUGUACCUACCCAGUACCCACCCUGGACAAUUUUGAUUAUCCUCUUUGACUAAUUAUAUAUUGUAAAGGCAUUCGAAAAUUGGGAUUUUUAUACAAUAAAAUAGUUUUACAGGAUACGUGUAUAGUGUGUACUAACCUCCAUUGAUAUUGCACUAAAUUAUUUUAUGCUAGUUUAGUCUAGUUUAGUACACCGUUUAUGUUGGGGGGCCUACUCGGGUCUACACAUUGUUUUUUUUGCAGAAUAAAAUAUUCACCAAAUAGGAAUAGAUUAAAUUUAACACAAUUAAUUUUUUUUAUAUAAAUUAUUAGCAAAUUAGCUAAACAUUUUUUUUUAUAUUAAUUUGUUUGGGGGGCCAUAGAAACGUUUCUCCACCCCCCCCCCUUAUUUCCAGAUACUGAAGU